AUGCAAUUGGGGGAGGCUGCAUUGUUGGAUGGUUACCAGUCAUACAUUGUCCCAGUCCCUGAGGAUGCUGAAGAAGAGGGCAAAUUAGGAUACACAACUCUCAAACUUCUCAGUGACAUUAUGCAGCACUUGAAAACUGGGUAUAUCCAUAUGUUGUGCCAUGACCAAAUUAUGAGGAACACCACACCAGCAAAUGCCCAUGCCCAACACAGCCACACUGAGGGUGAAAAGGUGCUUAAGGCACUUGGGUUGUGGCCCAUCGAUAAUGUUUUCUGGCUCAUCUGCAAUUCUGACCUUUAUGGUGCACUCAGCUUUGACUGCCUACAUUUUCUACAUGGUGGUCUAUGGGGAAAGCACAUACUACAGGACAUCUUGAGAAUUCUGAACAUCCUUGGGUGCAAUGCUGAAACCAAUGUUGAGAACUAUGUAACAUUUUCAGAUGGAAACAAGAUGCAUGAUCUGGCAAAAGCAAUGUUCUAUGCAUUACUGAAUGUUUUUAAAAGGAUGGCCACACCUGAAGGCUAUUGUCUUCUCCACAUCCUUGCAAGUUAUCUCCAGCUGGACAGUUUGAUAGGUUUGGACAUGCAUACUGAACAAACAAUAGAAAUGAUAGAUGCAGAGUUGCUGAAAUUUGACAACAAAUUGAAGGCAUAUAUUGAAUGUGUAAAUAAAUCUGGGUUAGAAGGGCUGCAGGUGGACUGGGACUUUCCAAAGGUGCACCUUUGGAAACAUGUAGUGUGCAAUAUCUGGACAAAGGGUGCCACCAGGAACUACAGCACAUGCCCAAAUGAGAGUAUGCAUGGCCCUAUCAAGGAGGCAUAUGAGUGUCAAUCAAAUGGCAGGGACUUCAUUGAUCAGAUCCUACAUAUGGAUGAACAUAAGCUUGCUGCCAAGCUGCUCAGAAUGUGUGAUGAUAACUACAAAAAUCAUGUCUAUCUCGGUUCCUCUUCCAAACCAUCUACUGUGCAGGACAUUGAGGCCAGUCACAGUGUCUCUGACACUGCCUUUGUUUUUGUAACCAGUGCCUCCCUCAAUAUGGCUAUCAAGUUGAUAACAGAAUACAGAUACCUCAAAGUGAACUACAAGUCAUCUGUUGAUUGGAAAGUUAUUACUGACCAUCUGCGAUGCAAUCCAUCAUUCUAUGGGCAGCCUCAGUAUGAUUGCACUCUCAUUCAACUCAUGGAGACAGACACUGCAUUUGUCCACCUCAUUUCUAUCUUCACCUGUGAUGUCCCAGGUGUUGGCUCUAUUAGUCUCACAUUUGUACAGCUGCUGACAGCAAAAGUUGGUGGCACCCAUCAAAUUGACAUUGAUCUCUGGCUUAUCUGCAUCAAGGCUGCUCCUUGCAACAACCCCAUAUUCAUUCCCAUUCAAUCCAUUCUUCAUGGUGCAGUGGUAGCUCCUGACCCUUCACACCCUGCACAUAAUGAGUGUUUUUACAGCAUGCAACAUGUUGAAAUGGUGCAGCAAUCACACUAG